CAUGGAAUUUAUGUUGACUAACUGCCUUCUUGCUACAGCCACCGGUGUGCUCUUGCACCGAGGUUACUUCAUCUACGGCGAACACGACCGCCAUGCGGAUACUAUCGCUCGAGUCGCCCUAAUCGCCUUGGGUGUAUUAUUUUUCUACUACUGGCGUGGUCAGGCAUUUCCAGCUACGCAGGCCACUCGUGAUACCAUUCUUACAGCCGGGGCUUUCUGUGGGGGCUUGUUCGGCAGUAUCACCUUCUCCCGGUUGUUCUGGUCGCCCAUCCAGCACCUCCCUGGCCCGUUCUGGGCCAAAGUCAGCAAGCUGUAUCAUGUUGCUCAUAUUAUCCGCGCAGAUAACUAUAGAUAUAUGGAUAAAAUGCAUCAUGAGUACGGUGACGUUGUUCGCACAGGUCCAAACGAAGUCACCCUGUUUACUACCGAAGCAUUUGAGAAAAUCUAUGGGGCCAAUUCGCGGUGCGCCAGAGGUGUCUACUACGACAUGAUGCUUCCCCUUGUCUCCCUCGUUACCACGAGGAAUAAAGCUGUGCACAAUCACAAACGCAAACUUUGGGAUCAAGGCUUCAGCAUUAAGAUGUUAGAUGCUCUGGAGCCCAGAGUCUUUGCGUAUGCUGAGGAGCUUGUUCGCCAAUUGAAACAACGCUGUGGAACCCCAGUGGAGAUCUCGCGAUGGUUUGAAUAUUACACUUUUGACAUCAUGGGCCUGGUCGGGUUCAACUUGCAAUUCAAUCUCCUCCAGAGCCAGAAUCAUGUCGCCCUAGAUAUGUACAACGCAGGGCAUCCUGUUCUUGGCGUUGUCACACCUGCUCCCUGGUUGUAUCAUCUCACAGCCGCUAUUCCCGGUGGACAGAAUGGUUACCAUGCCUUUGCCAGGUGGGCAGAUGCUGGUCUACGUGAAAAAAUUGAAAUGAAACCUGGGGAAGAUGUGCUCAGUUAUAUCAUAGAAGAUGCACGCCAGCGGGGCGGCGUGGACGCUAAUUGGACUCACGUCCUCGGAGAUUAUAUUCUCUUCAUCACAGCUGGCAGUGAUCCUCAGCGCCAGGUUCUCACGAACGUGAUGUACUAUCUCAUUCGUUACCCAGAGCAUCUGGAGAAAAUUCGGGUUGAGUUAGAAGCCCUGAAGGAUGUACGAAAUCAUAGAGCACUCCAGCGCCUCCAACACUUUAAUGCUGUGAUCAACGAAACGUUAAGACUGAACCCGGCAGUUCCCUGUGGUGGGCUCCGCAUCACUCCUCCAGAAGGCUUGCACGUCGGCAGCACCUUUAUACCUGGUAAUACCACAGUCUUGGUGCCUCAAUACACAUUAUUUCGACGAGAGGAUUGCUUCGUUCACGCCAAUAGGUUUAUCCCGGAGCGAUUCAGUACCAAGCCCGACCUUAUCCUCAACAAGCGAACCUGGCAACCCUGGAGCUCCGGCGAGUACCAGUGUGUUGGGAAGAACCUAGGCUUGAUGGAAAUCCGCGUGGCCCUAGCCCUAGUAUUGACCGAAUUUGACUUCGAGUUCGCGCCUGGAGAGGAUGGUCAGAAAAUGUUCACGGAACUCCUGGAUUUCUUCACAACAGUACCGGGGCCGUUGAAUCUGAUCUUCAAGCAACAACACUAUAAGUAGCCGAUGGUUCAUACCCAAUGUGAGUUGUUUACCAGUGUAACCUUAGGUAUAUACUAUAUAUAAAUAGGAAACAUGGAAGAUACAGAGCAGGUGAGACGUGAGGGUCCUCAGGAUGAAUUUAAUGGGCAUUUGUGCACAUGAUCGAGGUCACCAAGUAAGAGGUAUACCACCUGAAGCAAGAGAACUUGUCC